GAGCGAGGCAACGUUAGCGAGGGCCUGAAGGCACAGCUGUCAGCGGAUGCAGGUAUGGAGGAUGUCGAGGACGAUGAAUCCGACGGGCGUUCUGAGCUCCUGGAGAGCAUGAAGAAGGCGCAAGGCAUCAGCGAGGAAGAGGUCAAGAAGCUGAAAAAGGCUAAGGUUGAUGAUGACGAUGGCUGGUAA